AUGUCGAAAUUCAUUACAUUAAUUGCUACUUUAUUGGUUUUAUUAUUGAUUGCUGGAAAUGCAGAUUGUGAACAAACUAUAUGUAAUUAUCCUUACUUAUAUCUAAAUUACUUAGUCUUUGAUAGUUCAGAGGGAGAAGAAUCGACCUCCCCUGUUUUUGUAUUUAUAAAUUCAGAAACUCCUACAGAUUCUGCUUCCCAAUCGAAAUAUAUUCAAACUUCCUCUGAUUCUAGUUAUGAUUCUGAAUCUACAGAUUUCUUUUUUGAUUCAGAAUCUUCGAAUUUACCAAAUGAUCCACUUUUUCAAACCAAUUAA